GUGGCGAUGAAGGAAUAUGGCUGACUGCCUUCGAAUGGCAUUUUCCAUUCCUAUCUGCUUUCUGCUUACGUUUGUCUGAUUAUAAGGCAAUGGCAAUGGGCAGUCUCCUCUUUCGCUCGCUCAGCCUGCUUGUCGCUGCUGUUGCCAUUUCGUGUGCUUUCAGUUCACUGGGUGUAUCACCAUUCGAAUGGCUGCGUGCGAGUAAAGACAAUGGUUUUCAAAUAUCGCAUCCGCAGAUCUACACUCUUUCCGAUGACCCACUUGUAGUCUACGUGAAGGACUUUAUCAGCACACAGGAAGCAGCUCACCUGGUGCAAUUGGCGAAUGGCCGAUUCACUCCGUCGUCGAUAUGGGAUAACGACGGAAAAUCGCAUAUCGAUAAAGCGUACCGACUUUCAAUGACUGCGAAACUAGAUCGAAGCGACGAAAUCAUCAAAAAAAUUGAAGAGCGCGCAAUUUCCUUUCCUUUUUACAAACUUGUCGGCGACUUCAUGCCUAUCGUGGUACAGAACUACGGCAUCUCCGGUCAGUAUCGUGACCACUAUGACUGGUUUGAUGAUGCACAGGCGGUUGGAGGGAAUAUCGCUUCUACAUUCUUCGUUUAUAUACAUGCAAAUUGUACGGGCGGAGGUACAAACUUUGCGCGACUUACUCCACCAGACGAUGACAGCUGGUGCGAAUUCAUCGACUGUGACCGGCCGUUCGACGAGGGAAUUACAUUCAAACCGAUUCUCGGAAAUGCCAUAUAUUGGGAAAAUCUUCAGGAAGACGACGCAGGGCAUAAGAUGACUCUCCAUGCAGGUAUGCCGGUGACCACGGGUAAUAAAAUGGGGAUGAACAUGUGGACCUGGAAAAUUGCGUAGACAAUUUACUGCAAAUAACUACAUUUAACUUGAAGUUUGAAAGGUUGACGGCUGCGGACUGCAAAAAAAGUUAAGCAGAACUAAAUAUGUCGGGUUCUCCACAUAAAUCUUGUGUGAUGGGAUGGCCAGACCUCGUCAUCUGCGAGUGUGAUGAUCAGGAGGUAUUCUACGCUCUAUAUAAAUGCUUGGAUGAAUCACAGUAACAAUCACCGCGUCAGAUAACACCAGCAAUGCCUAUCUUUGACAAGCAAGACCCCAUUGAAUGAGUCUAUCGGCCGAACUUCUUCAACUCCAACAAUCGCAACGGAGGAAAGACAAUCAUGGCCCAGGCGCACCCAACCCAAAUACCCAAAUCGGCACCCUCAGUGCUGACCAACUUGGCGAUGGGGCCGACAUAGUAGAUCUGGUCCAUGCACAUGAUACUUCCAACCCAUCCAAUCACGAAUGCUGUAAAUGCAGCUAACCCCAGAGGCAGCUUGCUUCGGUCUGCCCAGAUCGACCAGUCAAAGGCCGGUGCGAUCUUGCCCCAGCGAAAGAUCAUGUGUUCUUCCAGGACAAUAGUCAAGAAAAUCGUGACCCAGUAACCCAUGAGAGCGAGGAAGUUCUCAAAUAUAUCGAACAAAUGUUCCCUACCACCAAGGGCACAUGCAGUGUAAAUGACCACACCGACGCAAGUCCAGAACCAACGAGGAAAUGCAACUCCAUAGCGACCGAGCGUUUGAAAACCAAGGGUAGCCGAGUAAGUUCCGGGAAUGUUAUUUGCGACAAGACCCAGGGCAAUCAAUACACCGAGGAAUUUUCCAAAUCCGCCCAGACCGUUAUAGCCUUGCAUAAUCAAAGCGCCAGACGAUACGUCAAUAGCAUCCGCCCAGUCAGUAUUACUGUGAGUUCCGGAUCCGAGGCCAACACCAAGAAGAUUGGCAAACGUCAAUGCAAGCCCGAUACCGAAGAAACUCAUGGUAAAAGUAAUCCAUUUCUUGGUAGUUGGGGGAUAGUAUACGUAAUAGUCGGCGCCGGCGGGUGCCCAAGCAACGGAAGACGACAGGCAAAGUGAGAAAAAUGAUAGACGGUUGCCAGCGAUGUCGCGUGAUGUGCCGACAGACUGAAUAUUGGUGUCGAACUUGGGACCGGCGGAACCGACCAGGACAAAUAGAGCAAUCAACUGCGGGACCCAUGCCCAUCUCUCGUACUUGUGAAACACAGACAUGCCGAAGAUAACCACGAUCCACGUGACGAUUGCAACGAUGAUUGUACCGACGACGACAGUCAUGUUACCACCGGCGACAGCAGACAAAACCUGCCCUCCGACGAGGCAGUCAAUCAUUCCAUAACCCAGCAUGAUGACGAUAUUCAGCAGGGCGCAGAUCUUGCUGGGGUAAUAGCCCAUAAAGUAACGCGCAACGACC